UCGGAGCCAAUGGGCGGCGCGACUUUCUGAAUAAUUAACUGAAGUGUGGAGGGGAGUGACGCAGGAGCUUCCAGAUGCUCGCGUUUUCUUCCUUAUCUCACAUGAAAUUGUGGGGAAUUCGUGGGACCCUCGGAGUCGCCUUUCGUGGUCGCCUAUCGCCCAUCUGCCGGUACUAAGGACGCUCCGCUCCCGGCCUCAGGACCCCGAGCGCUGCCGUGGAGCAGCUUUGCCGCCUGCAUGGUGUUCUUCUGCCGGCGUGUCGACUGGAUGCCGUGUCGCCGCUGAAAAGAUGCCGCAGCCGAAAUCCCGCAAGAUCGCAAUUUUGGGUUACCGCUCCGUGGGGAAGUCUUCGCUGACAAUCCAGUUUGUUGAAGGCCAGUUUGUUGACUCCUAUGACCCCACCAUUGAAAACACAUUUACAAAAAUGAUCACAGUAAAUGGUCAGGAGUACCAUCUUCAGCUUGUUGAUACGGCUGGUCAGGAUGAAUACUCCAUUUUUCCUCAGACAUACUCAAUAGACAUCAAUGGCUACAUCCUGGUCUAUUCUGUCACGUCUAACAAAAGUUUUGAAGUUGUCAAAGUCAUCCAUGAGAAGCUGCUGGACAUGGUGGGGAAAGUUCAGGUGCCCAUUAUGCUGGUAGGAAACAAAAAGGACCUGCAUAUGGAAAGAGUUAUUAGCUGCGAGGAAGGCAAAGCUUUAGCAGAAUCCUGGAAUGCAGCAUUCAUGGAGUCUUCGGCGAAGGAGAAUCAGACAGCCGUCGAGGUGUUCAAGAGGAUCAUUCUGGAGAUGGACGGAGGAGCACCACCAGGGAGGCCAUCAUGCUUCCUCAUGUAGAGCACUGCUGCCUGCCACUGCUCGACCCCUCUACUUGAAGAGCCUAAUUGCCUCUUUUCUUCCCAGAUAGAUAAGCGCCUGCUUUCCUUUUUAACUUGGAGAGAUGAUCAGAGCUUCCCCAUCCUACUUUUUGCAAGAGCAUCACUUUA